AUGAGGUCAACUUCCCUCUUUGCGAGCUGCAUCGCCGCACUCUCGAGCUUCGCAUGCGCCGAACUAAACACGUCGGAACCACUACUAUCCAAGCAACUGCUCCCCAGCACGUUCAAGCCGCCGCAGGUCUUCAAGAAUGCCAAUCUCGUCCGGACGACCAAUCUGGACAAGGCGUACCCCAGAGAGACCAUCAAUGUCAUCAUUGAGAACAUUGACUCGAAACCGCAGUCGGAAUACUAUCUGCCAUUCGAGGCCAGCUUACUGUCCAAGAUUGGCGGCUUCGAGGUACGGGACAAGAAGGCGGUCGAAAAGGGCAAGUUUAAAGUGGAUGUCGUUGGCCUAGAUCAAGACAGUUCUACCGAGUUCUACCUCAUCCACCUCCCUGAACCGCUCGCUCCCAAGGCCCAGCAAACGCUCACCAUCACCUACUCCGUCCUCUCCUCGCUCAAGCCCGUCCCCGCCCAGCUCGGACAGUCAGACCAGCAAUACCUCCAAUACAUAUUCAGCGCCUACGCGCCUUCAUCGUACACCACUGAUCUCCAGAAGACGAAGAUCAAGUUCCCCAACGCUGACGUAGCCGACUACACCAAUCUGCCCGCCGACCUCUCCACCGAGAACAAGGCCUCGCCACAAAAGCAAGGCUCAUCCUUCACCUACGGUCCCUUUGCCAAUAUCCCCGCUGGUGCCCAACAGCCCGUGAGCGUGCGCUACGAAUACACAAAGCCCCUGACCCAUGCAACCCUCCUCGAACGCGAUAUCGAGGUCAGCCACUGGGGCGGCAACCUCGCCACCGAAGAGCGCUACUGGCUCGUAAACCAAGGCGCGGCCCUCAAGAACCACUUCUCGCGUGUAGAAUGGCAAAAGCAAUCGUACCUGAACCCCGCCACCUAUGCUCUCAAGGGCCUCACACUGCCCCUCGCCCCUGGAGCCGUAGACCCCUACUUCACCGACGACAUCGGCAACGUGUCGACGUCGAAUUUCCGGCCUGGCAGAAAGGAAGCCCUGCUCGAACUCAAACCCCGGUACCCCGUCUUCGGCCAAUGGAAAUACUCCUUUCGCGUAGGCUGGAACGCAGACCUCUCCACCUACCUCCGCAAACUCUCCACCUCGGACACCUACCUCCUCAAAGUUCCCUUUCUCGAGGGACCCCGGUCCGCAGAAGGCAUCAGCUACGAGCGCGUCCAUGUCCGCGUCAUCCUCCCCGAAGGCGCAACCAAUGUCCACUUCUCCACCUCGGUGCCCCUUGUCGCUAACCAGACUACCCUGCACAAGACGUUUAUGGACACCCUGGGCCGCACCACGCUGAGCCUCACGGCCAUCAACCUGGUGGACGAGUGGCGGGAGAAGGAGUUGCUGGUGAGUUACGAAUAUGGCUGGGCGGCGGGCUUUAGGAAGCCGAUUGUCAUUAGUGUUGGUGUGUUUGCCUUGUUUGUGGCUACUUGGGUGUUGGGCAGUAUUGAUACUAGCAUUGGCCGGAAGAAGAAUAUUUGA